CUACAGUGAAAAUGCUUCAUAAAUAAAGAUGAAAUGUUGUUGGUUCGGCAGUUGAAAGAAAAACAUGACUUUUAUUAAUAAGUCGUGAUCUACGCAGAACUUCGAUAUUUCGCGCAGCAAAUUGUAAGUAGGAUCUCGGUCCUCAGCUAAAUUGCAUCGUUAUUCUAAUUAUUAGAUUUUACUUCGCAGAAAAUCAUACCAAAUAAUCUUCUAAAUCAAUUCAAUCUAUUCAAAGAAGCAUAAUAUUCGCAUAAUAUACUGUCAAAUAAAAAUAACGCUUCGACAUUUUAAAAUUUGAUUGCGUACAUUCCAACACAAUUAUUGCAUCAACAAAUAUAAAUUUAUAUGCAAAUAUAUAGGCCCCAUAUAAUGCUAAUCCUAUGUCAAUCCGUGCCGAAGGAAAAAUUUCAAAUUUCACCGUCGUUCCCGCGUCGCGAGCGCUAUAAUACGUAUACACAGCUCUUUCCACCCCCACUCCAAGGAUCAUCGAUCUCGAAAGUCGAUCCGCGCUCGUGCGCCGCCAUGGAAACGCCAGCGCGCUGAGUGUACUGUGUACAGUGUGUACACCAUAGCGUCAAAAGGAUCGAGAUCGGCGGUAUUAUACACACGACGCGCAGACGAGACUUUCGGAAUCGAGCGGCGGGGCUAUAGAAGAUGGCGAAUCGAGCUGCGGCAGCAGUGAGCUGCCAUAUCGAGGAGACUGGGGCGACAGGACGCGGCGUUCCCGAGGCCAGCGAACCCAGCCGAAUGUUUUCCUAUCGUCGCCGCCGAGGCUCCUGCUGCUGACUAUCGUGCCACCGUCUAAUACUUAGUGAACGCGAACCAACCUGUUGCUGCUCUGCUGCUGGUGCUCCGUUAGACCGUGUUCUCAUAGACUUCCAUCGUGGAUUCCGCGAUACGCAUACGCGCGCGUAGUAAUAGUGCUCGAGUGGGUGGUGGUGUUGCAGCAGCGCGAGGGCUGCGUGCGUGUGCAUCCUGGAGAGCCCGGAGACGUUUCCGGCUGCAGUGAAGAGGCGUCAGGAUCGAGACCCAGUCGCGAAGAAAGAAUGAGGGGGACGAGGUUUUACGCUGCACACUGACGACCGGUGUCCGCAGAGGGACCGCAGAGGGACGCAGAGGGAGGUUGCCACGAUGCAGCAACAGCAGCAGAAGCACCACCAGCAACCGCAGCACAGCCGGCGCAAGAAGAAGCGCGUGAACUACGGCUCGCGAACGGUCGAGCUAGCCCGAGGUGGCAAGGGUUUCGGUUUCACGAUAUCCGGGCAGCAGCCCUGCAUCCUGAGCUGCAUCGUACCGGGCAGUCCGGCGGAACUCGCGGGUCUGCGCUCCGGGGACUACCUGGUCGCUGUCAACGGACACGGGGUUGGCAAAGCGCCGCACGACGACGUCGUCCGGCUGAUCGGACGGUCUAACGGACUGCUCAGACUGCAGAUAGCCGAGCACUAUUACAGCGAUUCUAGCGAGGAGGACGAGGCGUCUACGAAGGUCCGAUCCAGACCCAGAUAUAGGUCUCGAUCCAGCAACGCAUCCGGAAGUUCGGGACUGUCCGCGACUGUACAUCCACAGUGCAGAGUAGCAAAGGUCGUCAGAGACCUUCAAUCAGGUGCCAUGUUUGAGGCGAGCACUACCAGGAUAUCUGUUCCAACGAAUACUCACCGAUGGAACAUGUCAAGUCCACUACCGCCACCGCCACCGCCAUCCUCGAGGAAACGCGACUCCGAGAAAAUCGUUCACAGGGCGGUGCUCGGCUAUCUGGGAACCAUCGAUAUUCCCAGUCAUCUGCACAGUGUGUCGAUGAUGUCGCUAGUUAGAAAAUGCAUCAAGAGAAUUAAGGCUGAAAAACGCGAUCCCACUACGGUCUUACUGACAAUACACGUAGCAAACAUAAAACUAGCCAAUACCGAAGGCCGAGUGAUCGCUGAAUAUCCCUCAUAUCGCAUCGUCUAUUGCAACUCUUUUUCAAACGAAGAUAAGUUACACUUUGGUAUCCUCACCAAAUCGGCUACUGCCAAUGUAGGAGAUGUAAACGAUAAUCAUGAAAAAGAUAACGCUUCCAAUUCUUGCCAUGUCUUUAAAAUCUAUUCGAAGCUGACUGAUCACGCAAUACACGCAAACACUUGUGCAGCUUUCGGUUUUGGCUGCACUAAGGCAAGCGAACUCAAUAAUGCCUGCCAAGAGUUUCCUGCAAGUUGUGAUGGCUUGGUUGGUGCCAUACAGACGCUUUAUAUCGCGGAUACGGCAGAGGGCGAUGCCAAUUUGUUCGAUAACAGAAGGAAUCAUCGAGAAGCUCCGUCGUCGCCUCAACCUAGUAACGUUAGUACUUCUACUGCUCAUUCAAGCAAUAGUGACUCUGGGAUUGGCUUCAAGGAUGAGUGUGGGUGCCAUUCAGAUCGGAAUCUCAAUGUCGAAUUUCCGUCUUAUCCGCAUGAAAGGAGUAUUGUCGUUUCUUCCUUGGGAAGAAAUGUCAAGGACCCUUCCGGAUCAAAAUUAACUGUUCGAGCCAUCUCCGAUCCAAGAUGGAGCGAUUUUCCAAGGCCAUACGGCUACCUGGACAAAUCGAGCGAUGCGGAGCAGCAGGUGGAUUCAUCCCCGCCGCGUACUGAUGCUGACUACUGCAGCGUGGAAGACUAUCCUGAGGGCCGUCUGCUAGCGCAUUGCCAGGAGCUAAAGGAAUCGCGCUCGCGAGCCGAGAGUCGGCGCAGCGCCGGUGGCAGCAGCAGCAACGGCGGAGAGGGGAGCAUCGUCAGCUGUCCCGCCGUGCCAUCUGGCCGGUUCGCCCAUCGACAUCAAUGCCAUCAGCGCGCCAGCCCUGCGGCUCUCGCUGCUUUAGCGCGCUCGCCCCGCUACACCUCGACAUUGUCCGUUGGGACGCUGCACGCGAGAUCCGCCGCCAGAGCAGCCAGGGACAUUUCCAAGUCUACCGGCAACUUCUUCGCGCGCAUGGACGUGGAGGUACCUGACAGGCUCAGUCCCAAGGUCUACACAAGCGGUAUGAAGAUACAAGGCUACAGCAUGGAAAACCUGAAGACGAGCCCAGGCUCCAAGUCUCAGACGUCAGAUGAUCAUUGCAACACGACCAAGUCUUUGCCGCACAGUCAUACGGGCAAGGCCAAUGACAAGGUGUCGAGGGCUUGGGGAAGCUUACAGGAGAUUCGAAAGGUUGCCGGCUGUGAGCACGACGAUUGUAUGCAUGGGAGCACAGAGUCGUGCGAUAAAACCACAGGCUUCGGAGUUCACACUUGGGCCAUAAGCUUCGAAAAGCUACUGGAGGAUCCGAAGGGUCUACAAACGUUCGCAAAAUACCUUAAAAAAGAAAUUAGUCACGAGAACAUUUACUUCUGGGCAGCAUGCGAGCGCUAUUCCGACACGGAAGACUUAGUUGCUCGGAAGCGACUGGCGGCGCAAAUUUAUCAACGGCAUUUGUCAAAUAAUGCCCCGGAACCCGUCAACGUCGAUAGUCACGCCGCAGGUAAAAUUACGCCAGAGUUGCUGAAUUCCGCUCCCGCCGAUCUCUUCGCACAGGCACAAAAACAAGUCUUCAAUUUGAUGAAGUUCGAUAGCUAUCCUCGUUUUCUCCGAUCAGACAUAUAUCAAAAAUGUUUGGAAAAUGGGUGCGACGAUAUCGAUACGUCACCUGAAGACGGGGAUCUUUUUUUAACGAGUUCACCUGUUAAACUGAAGAAAAGUCAUUCCGAUGCUGAGGAUCGCUGCAGAAAAUCAAUUCUUCCAUGGCACAGAAAAAAUAGAUCAAAAUCAAAAGAUCGGGGUGAAUCGGAGUACAACAAAACUCCAAGCCGUGGAGAGAAAAUUUACAAGAGUUUCUCCACCAUACAGCGAGACAAUGAAGGGAAUAACAACGAAGAAGACAGUGUUUCCAUUUCGAGCAGUCGCUCGUCUCUUGCGUCGUGGGAUCUUGCAUUACGACAGUCAUUCACUAAACACUCGGCCUCGUCCUGCGAAGGACAGUCGAACGAGAAGCGAGAGACUCAUGUAUCUAAAUGCGCUGGCCUAUGUCGAGUUAUUCUCCCGGACGGCUCGACGACGGUCAUACCAACCAGUCAUUCGGAUAGCGUCCGAGAUGUCGUUACGCGCCUCCUUGACAAACGCGCUCUACGGUACUCAAACUACGACGUCCUUAUGCUUGCUACAAACGAGAUCAUUAAUCUCAAGUAUCCAAGUUCAGUAUUAGCCAGCCAAGAAGUUGAAGUUUUGCCAACUAAAGUUAUUAAGGUGGAUUUACCAUCUCGUCGUGUGAUAAGCGUUGUGGCUCAUAAAGGAAGAACAUUGAAAGAAGUAUUAAAGCCACUUUUAAACAAAUACGGCUUUAAGCUUGAUCUUGUUACAAUUUGGGCUGAUGGACAUCCUGUCUCAGUGGAUAUUCCUGCUAUGAAUGCUCCUCCGAGACUCGCUCUUACUUCAAAUAACAAAGAACACAUUGAUGACGCAUCAUUAUUCAAAACUCCGGAAGUACCAAGAGGUCAACCAACCCUUGAUGAAAUAACUAAUAAAGUGUUUGAAGAACUUCGGGUUGGUAAAAGCGAGAGCAAAUACGAUGAAGACGAAGGCUCGUGCAAGUCUGAUGGUCAAAAGUCUGAAGGUUCUUCUAUACUUUCAAGCAAAUUCUUCUCGCGAGAUUCAACUCUUCAUAUUAAGAAAAAGUCGAAAUCUAAGAACAGCAAUACGAGUGAAAAAAGCAAUUCUGAUUGUGGGAAUGACGAAAGUAAUCGACCGCAACCGCCUCUUAUAGCUAAAUGGCGCAACGGUGUAAAACUUCAGCUACCUAGUAGAUUUGAUGGAGAUGGUAAAAAUCUAUACGAAGGGCUUAAACGCGCUCAGCGAUCGAGACUCGAAGAUCAAAGGGGUACAGAAAUAAAUUUCGAACUUCCGGAUUUCUUAAAAAAUAAAGAAAAUGGACAAAAGCCAUCCGAUGAUAAGAAACGACGGAAAUCACGUAUAUUCUCUGGACAUAGUGAUUUUAGUAAAUUUUAUGAUGCCGAAGAAGAAAAGUCGAAUCUCGAAAGGUGCUUGGAUAGUUCAAAUAGUUUAGAUUCAACUUUAGUUGACGCCGAUAAAACAAUUGUUGAGAAUGGCAAUCAGCAACUAAAGUCGACUAAAGCGAACAAUCAAGAUCUAUCGCAACUUUCGCCGACAAAGUUGUCUAAACCACCACCUCUUCCACCAAAACCAAAGAGUUUAUCGAAUUCUUUGCGAAAUAACGUUUUACCUUCAAGACCGUUUCAACGUGUUACUAAUUAUGACAAGAAAACUAUUUGAUGAAUUUAGUGGAAAAUACAGUUUUAUAAAGACUAUAAAUGGCUUUAAUGGACGGAAAUCAACGAAUGAUGAGAUUAUAUAGCAAGAAUGUAUUAUGAUAGAAUGUAAUUAAAAGCUUAUAUGUGAAUUAUGCAAGGCAGUCAGAAUCGAAAAUGCGCAGCUAUACUAAUAUGAAUGCCUUGAAAUAUGUAGUUCAUUAUAACAUUAUGACAUAGGAAAAAACUAAAAUGAAUUGUAGAGACUUUCAUGACAUGAAAAGACUAAAAGAAAUUGUUAUAUGUAUUUAUGUUUUUUAUUCUAUUUAAGAAACUCGGAAAUAAAUAGAUAACUCACGAUUACAAAAUGAGUAUUAUUAAUUUUUAUAAUAUUAUAAACAGAGAAAUAAAUUAUAUAAACUAUGUUUCA